AUGACUACUAUUACAAGAAAAUCUCACAAGAAGUCAAGGAACGGUUGUGUUCGAUGCAAACGUCGCCACAUCAAGUGUGAUGAGGGACGCCCAUCUUGUGGCUACUGCAAUAUCACUGAGUAUCAGUGUUCUUACGAAGAGACUCCGGCAUCGCAGUCCGAAACCUCUGGGUGUACAUCAUUGCCAAGUAUAACCAACACGAUGACAUCAAUUGAGAAUGAUAGCGAUACAAGCCUAUCUAGCAGAUCUACUCUCGAUAGGGGUUUUGGCAACUCACCAGUCAAUAUGCUUCAUCUCGAAUUGCUUCGACAUCUGAUCAACAAAGACCUGGCGCUCUUUAAUUAUGAUAAAUCCAAGUUCGGAACCUUCAACAGGGAGAUUAUGGACAGACUUUUUACUGCGCCCUACUUAGUGAAUCAAAUUCUUGCGUUUACCGCAUUGCAUUUGAGCGUCAUUUUUCCGACCAGAAAACAAGAAUUUCAAGACCACGCAACUCAACUUCAAGCCCAUGGUCUCUUUUUGUUCAGAGUGGAGCAACCCACGAUAGAUGUAAGGAAUUGCCUUACGGUCUUUCUUUUCACAUCGAUUCGUGCUCUUCACGUGUUUUGCCAAAGAAUUACAUUUUGCCGAAAGGAUUUUGGCGAUCUCCUCGCUGACUUCAUCGAAAUAUUCCAUUUGCACAAACAUGUCCUUGAAAUUGCCAAUCAAUCGUGGGAUUUUCUUCUCGAUUCGCCACUCAAACAACUUCUGGAACUGGAAUCAAGCGCAUUGAUGCAGCAGGAACCUCUAGUGGAAUGUUCCGAGCUACUAGCACUGGUGGAAUCUGCAUUGAUCGAUUCGUCUGCUAGAAAUACCUAUCUGGAGACAAUUAAUUCUCUCCAGGUGGCUAUCAAUGGAAGCCAAAAUCAUCCUUCGGGACAAUCGACAAUCGGGCCAAUCAUUUCAUGGCUGGUUGCUGUGCCCCUCAGCUACAUAGAUCUCUUAGCAGAGAAACGACCUGAAGCUCUUGUCAUUCUUGCUCGUUUCGGUGCCUUGCUACAUUUGCAUCAUGAGAUUUGGACGUUUGGAGACAGUGGAUUAUAUAUCAUUGAUUCUGUUUCCACCUACCUGCAUGCCACCUGGGAUGCUUGGCUACAGUGGCCGAAAAACAUCCAACAAGCGGCUUAG